GGACUUGUUUGUAUUGUAAAUAAAUGUAAAUAAUGUAUUAUCUAGUUGUGAGCCACCCGUGAUAACCGUUCAAUAAACCUCAUGAACUAAGAUUUGGUUCUAACCUCCAUAUAUAUAUAAUAUGUAGUACGAAGUCAUGGAGUCCUUGGCGCUGUUAUCAAACUGAUAGCACCACCCGCAUUUGUCACCACUCGUGUUGCUAUGGCUGCCACCAAUGACUCCAACUCUCAUCGCGCUAUUCGUGUCAGCUACACCGAGACUCCUGCAGUUCCAACUACUCCAUACCCUCCUUCGUCUGUUGAGGCUCAGUACUUCUACUAUGGCAUACCCUCUCAGCCCCGUUUGGUCGCUCGCUCCAGUGCCAAGAUCUGGGUCGAGCCAACAGGCCCCGAAGCAUACCUUCUUCCCAAGGAGUCUAGUCCUCUUGGCUUGCACCCUCUCCAAAAGAUCUGGGAGACCACAGUUGGUCCCACCAUGAUUGACUAUUUGGACUCCAAGGGCGUAAAGUGCACGAGUCUGGACCCAAUCCGCAUGGGGUAUGCUGGCAGACUCUCUCCUCCCGCUAUCAUCUGGAUGGGAGUCAUCCCUGGGUCCCUCUCUG